AUGGACGUCUUAACACCCGACAACCUCUUCCAAGUCGCGCGAUGCGAGAUAACGGAGCACUACUUCACUCCCGUAGCAGCCACAGUUUUCCUCGCAGACUACCUGCACACGCUUCCGCUCGAGGUCUCCCUAAUCUGGCCCUCCGAAUGGAGCUUCGCCAAGAUCCUGUUCCUCUUGAACCGAUACUGGGUGUUGGAUAUCAUAUUCCGGCAUUUCGUGGAUCAUGGGUCUUCACCUUCCGUGUGUAGGAUGGGAUUCAUCUCUUCCACCACCUUCGCCUUCUUCGGGUUCCUCCUCUCGGAAGCAAUCAUGUUCCUCCGCCUCUUCGCCCUCUCAGGCCGGAACAGGUGGAUGGGCGGGUGGUUGGGGUUUCAAUUCUUCAUCCUGCAUUUCGCACCGUUCGUAGCGGUAUGCGUGUUCAUACGGGACGUGGAAUACGAGCCCUCGCCCAUACCCUCGGUAAUGCCCUGCCUCCCGGUCGCACAAGGGUCCGCACGAUGGAAGGAGAUCGCGUUGUAUAGCGUAGGGUUGGGCAGUCACACUCAACACCGCUCCACCAAGAGCUCGCUCCUGAGCAUCUUCUACCGGGACGGCCUCAUCUACUUCCUCGGGUUGGCGAUCACCUCGCUCGUCAAUAUCGUUAUUUCUGCUACUGUGCCGUUUAACUGUGACGCGAUGUUCCUCAUGUACGUCCCCUUCCCUCAUCCUCAUCUUCAUCCUCUCCUUCCCCUUCCCCUCCACUCACGACUCACAAACUUCCACAAAACUGACACACACACACACACCCGCAUCCGAAAAUCCAGCCCCCAACGCACAAUCCACGCCAUCCUCGCCAACCGCGCCAUCCUCCACCUGCGCGAACAAGGCCGCAAAGACGUCCAAGCCGGCAGCAGCACGACCCUCGAUUUUGGUGGGAACACCAAUGGGAGUGGGGGAGGGUCGACGACGGUGAGGGAGGGGAAUAGGUUGAGAUUUGGUAGUAUGAGAUUUUGGGACCGGGGUUAUGGAGGUGAGAAAGAGGAGUGGAAGGGAAGGAGGAGAGGCAAGACGAGUGGGAUUGGGAGCGGGGGCACGGAGGCGGAUACGAUGGGUACAAUGGGUACCGGGGCAACGAUGGGUGAUGCUGGGAUUGAGAUGAGCGAUAUCGAGUUUGCGUCCAAGAGGACGAAGAGUUCUGCGUGA